CAGAUGUCUCGUGGACUAAAGUAACGUCCUUGGAGGAAACGCGAGGUGUCGACGAUUACUUUCGCCGUUUCGAGAGAGGGUUGUUCGACGAGCUCGCAAAAUAGGUGAAGGUACCCCGUCUCCCUUGCGAAAAAGAGAAAAGGCGAAUCGGAAAGGAGAAAAGUGUAGAUAUUCCGCCGGUCCAUCGUGUGCACUGUUUAUCUUGGGAAUCGAGCUGAGCGUUCGGGCGUCUCGAUACUCCGUGCGAUUGCUUUCGAAAACGAAAGAAGGAUUCCGCAAGGAUCGGGCGGAAGGAAAACAACGUGCGCGACGAUACGGGAAAAAGGAGAUGUACCGAGAGCCGAGCAGUUCAUCGGGCAGCGGCGCUUCCACCAAGGGCGACGAAGUCGAGCUUGUCAGUAGAUUUCUGGCGCCGCUCUGCGCCAGAGACGAAACGGCCAGGAACAUCGCCCUGGCCGCGGCCAGGACCACCGUCGAAGGAUGGCUCGGCGGCGUCGGCAGUCCAAAUCGUUGGGAGGACGUCGGCGAUAUCGAGGACACCAAGAGCGGAAAGUUCUCCAGUCAAGACGGAAGAUACGAUAUGAGCGUCGAACGGUCGCCGACGAGAUCGUCACCGAGGAGCGUGCAUCAACAGCAGCUGCUACACGACACGUUCCGAACCGAGGGCUUCUUCCCGCAAAGCAUCAAUGACAACCCGCCACCGUUCCUCGAGGAGAACAAUCCGGAAUGCUCGUUCGAUUGCGUGGAUGGUCGUCUUUUGAACGAGAGGCGAUUCCGCGAGCGAUAUACCGGCGGCGACGGCGUCGAGAGCUGCAGGUCCGGUCACUCGACGUCCUCGGACGAGGGUAGCAAGAGUUUCAAUAUCGAGGGCAGGUGCCCGCGUUUCGGCUCGAACAACGAGACCGAGAGGAAGUAUCCCUGUUCAUCGUCAAGUGACAGAUCGACGAGCGAUGAUUAUUGUUCCGGCAGGGCGAAGAACAAUUACGUGAAGGUGAAGGUCGCCAAGCAAAAGCAGCUGGAAGACGACGAGCUUGACGCGGAUACCCGGGUGUAUGGCAAGAGUCCGAAAUUCGAUGACAACCUGAGCGGCCUCGCGUCAUUCGACUGUCGGAAUCUGAACCGUCGAGCCAAGAUCGCCGCCGGCGGCGAUCUGCUAGCGCACGAGCAACGCCGAUACUACGACGGCGGCACCGACGACGACGUCUCCUUCAAUGAGAGCGAGGCAGCGCGCAGCGACGGGGUUGUCUUCAACACUCUCGACGGCUUCGAAAACGAGAACGAGUCUUCCUACCAUCAGGACAUGAACCUGGAAAAUCGCGAGUCAGCGAUCUACGAUGACAUACCGGAGGAUUCUCGCCGGCCCCAGCAGGACUAUUUGCGCAAGAACGACGAGAGGAAGUUUAGCGCCGGUCAGAUCAAGAGGCCGCUCUCGCAGGACGAGGACGUGUCCUCGAAAAGCGGCCGGGUGCUCGAGAGUCCGGAAGUGACGCCCGGUGACGUCGGCAGGAUGCUGAAUCUCGGUAACGCCUUGGACGGACCCAGGCAGGCGCAGGCUAACAAGUACCUCAGUCUGGUGACGUUGCAUCUGCCGGUGAUACUCAGGCUCAGCGUCAACUGUCCCUUCCAGAACGUCAGGAUCAAAUGCGCGGAGAUCCUCCAGAUGGUGAAGGAAAGAGGACUUCCAGUACCGGUGCCGGCAUUCGAUGGACCUAGUGCCUUCGUCCCACUCUCGGAGCUGCCGGAUCUGAACAAUCUCGACGAAAAGACUCAUGUCCUGUUGAUGGAUGCUUUCCUACAGAACAACAGGCUGGAUCAUGUUUCGAGAGUUAUGUCUUCGCACCCAUCGUAUCUGGAACAUUUCCUCCGGACCCAGCAUUUCAUCCUUCGGGGCGACGGUCCGCUUCCUUAUGACUACAGACAUCUCAUUGCCAUUAUGGCUGCGGGUAGGCACCAGUGUAGCUACCUUAUAAACCUGCAGAAGGGAGAGUUCGUUAUUCAGGGCGGUGACCCCUCGUGGCUCCAAGGCUUGAGAUCGAUGCCGGGGAAGCUGCAGGAUCUCUAUGAGAUCAACAAGAUCCUAGCCCAUAGACCGUGGCUUCUGAAUAAGUCGCACAUAGAGAAAUUGACUAAAGGCGACGAUAAUUGGUCCUUAGCGGAAGUCGUUCACGCGAUAGUCCUAUUAGCUCACUUCCACUCGUUAUCGUCUUUCGUAUUUUCUUGCGGAAUUAACGAGGAAUUGGAUAACGUAACUGGCCAUCAUUACAAGGAGAAUAAGGACAAUAGUAGUAACAUACCGCCUGCCAAAGAUAAGCUCGCGAGCAGCCCUAAAAAGAUCCCCAACGGAGACGGCAAGACUGAAAAUAACAUACCGUCGUCGCCGUCGUCGCCGAGCAUAGUCGGCGAGCAGGAGGUUGGAGUGGAGACCCUGAUGGAACGUAUGAAGCGUCUCUCGGAAAAGUCCGAGUCCUAUCAGAUCACGCAGGAGGAGCUCUCCAAGAGAUUCGAGACUGUCGAGACGCAGUCGGCCGAGCUGGCAGCGGCGCCGCAGAGGAGCAGCUCGGUUCUGGACUCCGAUAUCGGUCUAUUCAUCGAGGAUCCCACUUUCAUCUACCAGGAUUUCGCCAAGCGCGGUCAGCUGAACGACAUACCGACCUUCCGCGUUCAGGACUAUUCAUGGGACGAUCACGGUUAUUCCUUGGUGAAUCGUCUGUACAACGACGUCGGUAAUCUCCUCGACGACAAAUUCAAGACCGCGUACAAUCUGACGUAUUACACCAUGGGCACGCACAACAAGGUCGAUACGUCGCGCUUCAGACGUGCGAUCUGGAACUACAUACAAUGCAUGUUCGGCAUCAGGCACGACGAUUAUGAUUACAACGAGGUUAAUCAAUUGCUCGAGCGUAGCCUCAAAACCUUCAUCAAGAGCGCCGUUUGCUAUCCGGAGCGCGUCACAAAGAGGGAUUAUGAUCGCGUCAUGAGGGAGUUCAAACACAGUGAAAAGGUCCAUGUGAACCUGAUGAUUUUAGAGGCUCGCAUGCAAGCAGAACUGCUGUAUGCCCUUCGUGCCGUGAUGCGGUAUAUGACCUAAAGCGAAGUUCCGCGUCGCUCCCUCGUUUGUCUGCUGUCUGUCAGUCUGCAGUUUGUCGAUUUGUUUUCUCGCGCCAGGCUCCAUGCCGUAGACUCGCAGACUUAACUGCGCACGGCAUGGAAGGAACAUGCGAGCGCGAUAUCAUCGAGUCUUAUACAGAACAUCGCACACGCUAUCAUAAGGCCGCUUCAUCGUCGACUUCAUCGUGAAUCGCGGCAAUAGCGAGCAAUUGCGGUUCUUCAACGAGUUCUGAAAAAAAAGGCGAUAACGAAAGGGAAAGAAAAGGAAGAUGCUGAUUGUGGAUGGAGAAAAACAGAAGAUCGUAAUAUUUGGCCAUUCAGCUGCGCUCUCGGCGUGAUUCUUCGUCCGAUGGCGCCUCAAUGACGAGACCAACGCGUCCUUGUUCCUCGAGCGGCUUACGAACACAUCGAUUGCACGUUCCAAUUUCGUCUAUUCGCGUAAUAAAGUAUAGCUCACGGCGAAUGGAGCGUUUCUCCAUGCGUGUUCGGGAGGAUCGUGAAGAGGAGAUUGUAAAAACAAGAGGAUGAGAUGGUGCGAACAGACAGGAAGACAUGACAAGGAGAGGAAAGAUUUAUAAUUUGUUUUGUACAUAGAUACUUGUAUUUUUCUACGUUCGACAUCGUAGCAGACUGUUAUUUGUGCGUUUCGUUUACGUUUCAGAUCUGUUAAAAAAAAAAGUUUGCUCUCGCCUGUUAGAAGCUUUCGAGUCGCGCUUUUAACUUCACACACACACACAUAUAUACAUACACACACACGUACAUACACCCUUCUUAUUGCGUCUGCAAUUUCGACCUUAUGCGCGAUUCGCCGAAGAAAACACACAUCACCGCAAUGCGCACUCAUAUAUCAAGCAAGAGAAAAAAUUCGUAGCUCCGCGCGAACAUUUCGUUUCUCCUUUUGUGCCGGAUGGCUUGUUGAGAAGUGGAAAACUAAUCAUAAGGCUAAAUUAAGAAAUCUGUUAACUCUAAUUCCGUCACCGCGAUCUUUAUCCGGAUCGUUGGGGAUCUCGAAUCCGAUUUGGCUCGACUUCUCCGAAUUUUAACUUGUGGCGCACGCCGCCUCCGGUGAUAUCGGAACGUCGGAUUCUCGCGUACGACGCGACGCGCGAACGUCGGGCCAAGAGAUCGUCUUUCGCGCUCUGUAUAUACAUAUAUAUGUGUAACGCGUUUUAUCUUCAUUUUAUUUCGACGAUCCCUAUCCCGCAAGAAAAUUGUGGAAGCUAACAUAAAAUUGUACCUACUUACCGUUCAUCAUACGCGUGUGUCGAGCAAACCUUAGAUUGUAGGACGAUCCCGCGGCCGCGUGCACGCGCGUGCGGUAGGUCACGGAUACGUUACGGCGCGUGCACGCGGUCGCGGAGAGAAGCAAUGCCAUCGGCUGUGUUUAUUUACCGAGGGAUAAUGCGUUGCUGUCGUUUUAGCCGAACGCGAGAAGCGUCGCAAACUCACUUUAAUCCGUGCACCAUCUAUAAGCCUAGGCUGCUUUUCCAUCUUGAGAUUAGCAAUGAGAAGUCGCGUUUGCGUCGUGUUUUACGACGAGAGGGAAAUUCGCUUGGCGUCUCGAAAGAAAGAUCAUUGUAUCCGCUCUUGUACGACGGCUUACGCUUGAAAAAGGAAGAAAUAAGUGUAACUUGGAGAAAAGCGAUUCGGGAUUAUUAGUUCUGCGUGCGCCACCGUAAGAAUAGACCGAUUUCACCGAGAACACCAAUUUCUCGACGCCCGAUAUUACGCGCGCGCGCGAGGGCGUUUAUCAACGAAUUUCAAUGCCUUCGGCGUAGCGUUUUAAUAAAACACUAUAUAGAAAGGGAGGAAAAAGAAAAAGAGAGGGAGAGAAAGAAAAAUAGAAAGAGAGAGAGAAAGCUUGAUAAAGCGAUAGGAGAAUCGCGACCCAUGGCUGACUGAGCCCUGUCCCUUUCUCGACGAUUGAUUGCGAUCGUGCGGGGACGCCGUUCGUUCGGUGUCAAAGUGUUGUGUGCGAGGAGGAUCGAGGAGAGGCUGUUUAAACAAAUCAAAUUCUUAUAAUAGAUUGUUAAGGUAUACAGACACGCAACACACACACACGUAUGCAUACACACACGUACAUACAUAUACACGCGAAAAGAACGUGGCACAAAACUAUUACACGCGAAAUAUACGUGUUCUGUGAUCGCAUAUAUCUAUAUAUAUGUAUACACACAUACACAUAAAAAGCGAAUAUAUAUAUAUAUAUGUAUAUAUAUAUAGAUACAUAUAUACGCAUAUUUACGAUUAACUCGGCGAAAGAAAGGGAGGAAGAGCGAGAGGGAGAGAGUGUGCGCGUGGCGAGUGCGUAUGAAGUGCGCACGUAACUGGAAGUUUGAUGAUUCUACCUGUAACGUUUGUAAUUAGGGUGUCUCUUUAUUAUAUAACUGUACACACACGUGUGCGUGCGUGUAUGCGGGCGCGCCUCGAAUAAUCGAUUUAUUUGCAUGCGCGUUCAAGGAUGUGAUAAUCAGUACUUUGGAACGUAAACUUGUUUUCCGUGAACGAUCCUUUGAUCUCGAUUCAGCGAACGAUCGACUAUAAGUGAAGCACAGUGAGUAAAAGAUCCGCGCCAGAAAAAUUGAAAUUGGUGGCAAUUUCGAUAAAUUAUGAUAAUUUGAGUCUUGAGGAUUUAAAAAAAAAAUUUUAU